AUGCCCGCCUCAGCCUGCAUCUUAUUUGCCUCCAGCCCCUGCCAGCAUUGCAACUGCAUCCUGGAGAGCCCCAGCCCUUGCCAACAUUGCUGCUGCCUGCCCCAGCCCUGCCCACACUGCUGCUGCAUCCUGGAGAGCCCCAGGCCUUGCCAGCACUGCUGCAGCAUCCUGGAGAGCCCAGCCCUCUGCCAACACUGCUGCUGCAUCCUGGAGAGCCCAGCCCUCUGCCAACACUGCUGCUGCCUGCCCCAGCCCUGCCAUCACUGCUGCUGCAUUCUGGAGAGCCCCAGCCUCUGCCAACACGCCCUUUGCCAACACUGCUGCUGCCUGCCCCAGCCCUGCCAGCACUGCUGCUGCAUCCUAGAGAGCCCCAGGCCUUGCCAGCACUGCUGCUGCCUGCCCCAGCCCCUGCCAGCACUGCUGCUGCCUGCCCCAGCCCCUGUCAGCACUGCUGCUGCAUCCUGGAGAGCCCCAGCCCUUGCCAGCACUGCUGUUGCAUGCCCCAGCCCCUGCCAGCACUGCUGCAGCAUCCUGGAGAGCCCAGCCCUCUGCCAACACUGCUGCUGCAUCCUGGAGAGCCCAGUCCUCUGCCAGCACUGCUGCUGCCUGCCCUAG